CUUUAAGAGCCUGCUCCGCCGCAACGAGCGGGGCCGGAGCCGCAGCCCGAGCCAGCGGACCGAACCGAUCCGGCAGGUGCACGGCUGCGGGGACGGGAGCGGCAUGACCGGCCACCACGGCUGGGGCUACGGCCAGGACGACGGCCCUUCGAAUUGGCACAAGCUGUAUCCCAUUGCCCAGGGAAACCGCCAGUCACCCAUCAAUAUCAUAUCCAGCCAGGCUGUGUACUCGCCCAGCCUGCAGCCACUGGAGCUUUCCUACGAGACCUGCACGUCCCUCAGCAUCACCAACAAUGGCCACUCUGUUCAGGUAGACUUCAAUGACAGUGAUGACCGGACUGUGGUGACCGGUGGGCCCCUGGAGGGGCCCUACCGCCUCAAGCAAUUCCAUUUCCACUGGGGCAAGAGGCACGAUGUGGGCUCUGAGCACACGGUGGACGGCAAGUCAUUCCCCAGCGAGCUGCAUCUGGUUCACUGGAAUGCCAAGAAGUACAGCACCUUUGGGGAGGCGGCCUUGGCCCCUGACGGCCUGGCUGUGGUCGGUGUCUUCCUGGAGACAGGGGAUGAGCAUCCGAGCAUGAACCGUCUGACAGAUGCACUCUACAUGGUUCGGUUUAAGGGCACCAAGGCCCAGUUCAGCUGCUUCAACCCCAAGAACCUCCUGCCUGCCAGCCGGCACUACUGGACCUACCCAGGCUCUCUGACCACGCCCCCGCUGAGCGAGAGCGUCACCUGGAUCGUGCUCCGAGAGCCCAUCAGCAUCUCUGAGAGGCAGAUGGAGAAGUUCCGGAGCCUGCUUUUCACCUCAGAGGAUGAUGAAAGAAUCCACAUGGUGAACAACUUCCGGCCGCCACAGCCACUGAAGGGCCGUGUGGUCAAAGCUUCCUUCCGGGCCUGAGCUGAGCACCUGCCCAGCCAGCCCCAGAACAUCAUCUUCCCAAGGGCUUCCAUGUCAGCAGACACCAAACCAUCGAAGUUCCUUGCCCAGGGUGCUGCAGCUCCCUGGCCUUCUCCUUGGCCUCCCCAAGGGGUUCUUGUUGAGACCCUCAAGUUGGAGGUACCAUUCAGCUAUCCUAGGGGCCAGAAGAAUAGGAGCUGAGCAGGGUCCUAGCCUGGGGCUGCCUCUGCUUUCCAAGUCCCAAAGGCCCCUGGGACCCUUCUCUUGUCUUCCCCACUGGCAGUAGCAGCAGCCCCACCCUGAGCUCACACUGUGAUGGAUGAGACCGAGCUCCUGGGGCAGGCAGCUGGCACUGCCAGAAAGACUCAAGCAAUAAUCCGAGGUGGGCAGAGCUGCCCUCUCAGCAUUACCUCCUCCGCAGGCCUCUGCCGUGCUCCCACCUCACUGCCAGGCCAUUCAAAUAGCACCUGGCUGCUGGAGGUGAUGUGGCCUUUCACUCAAGUCACCUGCUGCCAUGGGGAAGCCCUGGCUACAGCUUAUAUACUAUCUCCCUUUGUCCCCACCCAGCCACCAAAGCAACCUAUGUGACAAUCCAUCUAUGUACUCAAGAAUAAAUUCAUUUAUCCAUGCAACAAA